AUGGGGGAGAAGAAAGGCGGAAAAGGAAAUUCGACGAUUGACCUCCCAAGCCGCGGCCAUUGUGGUCCCGACGUGUUUAAGGCUUUAUAUCGCCUUCAAUCUCCUCUCGCCUUCUCUCGUCCUCAGCCUCGCCCUUCAGUUCGUCUCCAGCCUCGCCUUCAGUCUCGCCUCCAGCCUCGCCUUCAGUUCUCGUCCUCCAGCCUCGCCCUUCAGUCUCGCCCUCAGCCUCGGCCUUCAGUCUCGCCUCCAGCCCGCCUUCAGUCUCGCCCUCCAGCCUCGGCCUUCAGUCUCGCCCUCCAGCCCUCGCCCUUCAGUCUCGUCCUCCAGCCUCGCCCUUCAGUCUCGCCCUCCAGCCUCGGCCUUCAGUCUCGCCUCCAGCCUCGCUCAGUCUCGCCUCCAGCCUCGCUUCAGUCUCGUCUCCGCCGCCUAGUCCUCGUCCCUAGCUCGCCUCAGUUCGCCCUCUGUAGCCUCGCCCUUCAGUCCGUCCUCCAGCCUCGCCCUUCAGUCUCGUCCUCCAGCCUCGCCCUUCAGUCUCGCCCCCAGCCUCCCCUUCAGUCUCGUCUCCAGCCUCGCCCUUCAGUCUCGUCCCAGCCUCCAGUCGCCUCGCCUCGCCCUUUCAGUUCGUCCUCCAGCCUCGCCUUCAGUUCUCGUCCUCCAGGCCUCGCCCUUCUAGUCUCGUUCGCCCUCAAUCUCGCUCUUCAGCCUCGCCCUUCAGUCUCGGCGCUCCAGCCUCGCCCUUCAGUCUCGUCCUCCUCGCUUCAAGCUCGCUUUCAGCCUCGCUUAUCGCCCUUCAGAGUCUCGCCCUCUUUCAGCCUCGCCCUUCAGUCUCCAGUCCCUAAGUCUCGCCUCCAGCCUCGCCCUCAUCUCGCUCUUCAGCCUCGCCCUCGCCCUUCAGUCUCGUCCGGCUCGCCUUUCAGUCUCGUCUCAGCCUCGCCCUUCAGAGCCUCGCCCUUCGACCCCUCGGCCCAUUUGGCGACCCCGAAAGGAUUAUAG